AUAAACCCCAAAGUCCCGCCCAACUCUUACUAAGCGACACUCCCAAACCACUCUUGCUUUCUCCGCCAUCUUCCUUCUCAAUCUCCGCCCUGUUUCACCUCAAAUACCCCCAAAUUCACCUUCGAUCCUCACUCUCCAAUGGCGUCUUCAUCUCUCACUCACUCAAUAAUCUCCCCGCAAUCCCCAAUUUCCAAUCAAACCCCCGAAACCCCCUCAAUUAAUCAACUCCGCAUCCCCAAAUCCCCUGUUUUUUCAACCCAAUUGAAGACCAUUUUCACCCCUAAUUGUGCUUCAUCCGCGAUUGAUACCAUCUCAACUGAUGACACACCGAUCGAACUCAAGUACCCUGCUUUUCCUACGGUUGUUGAUAUUAAUCAGAUUCGUGACAUUUUACCACACAGGUUUCCGUUUUUGUUGGUGGACAGGGUGAUUGAGUAUAACCCGGGAGUUUCAGCUGUUGGGAUCAAGAAUGUGACUAUUAAUGAUAACUUUUUUCCUGGGCAUUUUCCGGAUAGACCGAUUAUGCCCGGUGUUCUUAUGGUUGAGGCAAUGGCACAAGUUGGGGGUGUGGUAAUGCUGCAACCAGAAGUGGGUGGGUCCCGUGAAAAUUUCGUCUUUGCUGGAGUAGACAAGGUUAGAUUCAGGAAACCGGUGGUGGCCGGAGACACUUUGGUGAUGCGAAUGACACUCACAAAACUUCAAAAACGAUUUGGAAUUGCAAAGAUGGACGGGAAGGCUUAUGUUGGAGGCGAGGUCGUUUGUGAGGGCGAGUUCAUAUUGGCUAUGGGUAACACAGUAAACUAAGCUCAUCCUUUUUCGGGUUUUUUUCUCUGUAGUAUUUGCUAAUGUAAGUUUUGCAUAUCUUCGACUUUUCAUUCAUUUGAGCCGUUUUUCUUGCAUCGUUUGUGGACAAAAUCGAUUCUUACUGUUGUAAUUUGAUAUUUGGAUGGGAGUUCUUAAUCAUUUAGAAAA